GAAUAGUUCGCGCCGACUCAUCAUACGCCCUCUUUCAUUCUUCUGCAUUUGGCAUUCAGCGUUGAAGGUCGUAUUUAGACCUUAGAUUUAGUUUAUUGUUACUUUAAGUCUAAAUAUAGUAAUAAUAAUGGCAAAUAACGAUAAUUUUGCACAAGACGUUACUGAAAAUCAAGUGAAUGGAAAUGCGGAGAACGGUGGCGGUGAUGGCCAAGAACAUAACAGUGCUGAUGCUCCAGGACGCGAUGACGACAGAAAGCUAUUUGUGGGAGGCCUGAGCUGGGAAACCACAGACAAGGAAUUACGUGAUCACUUCAGUGCAUAUGGAGAGAUUGAAAGUAUCAAUGUCAAGACAGACCCAAACACGGGCAGGUCACGAGGCUUCGCUUUCAUCGUAUUCAAAGCGCCAGAUUCUAUUGAUAAAGUAAUGGCUGCUGGGGAUCACACCAUUAAUAAUAAGAAAGUAGAUCCUAAGAAGGCAAAGGCGAGGCACGGCAAAAUAUUUGUCGGAGGUCUCAGCAGUGAAAUUUCCGAUGAGGAAAUUAAAAGCUUCUUCAAUAACUUUGGAACAGUUAUAGAUGUGGAGAUGCCUUUUGACAAAACAAAGAACCAAAGAAAAGGUUUCUGUUUUAUCACAUUCGAGUCUGAGCAGGUGGUCAAUGAACUUCUGAAGACUCCCAAACAAACAAUAGGAGGCAAAGAGGUCGACGUUAAGAGGGCGACGCCAAAACCAGACGGACCCGGGGGAAUGGGAGGGCGUGGCGGCCGCGGCGGAAGGGGAGCGCGUGGCGGGCGCGGGGGCCGCGGGGGCUACGGCGGCCAAGGGGCAUGGGGCAACCAGGGCUACGGCGGCUACGGCUACGGCCAAGGAGGAUAUGGCGGCGGAUACGACGGUUACGGCUAUGGCGGAUACGGCUACGACGGCUACGGGGGCUACGGCGGAUACGAUUACUCCGGAUACCCCAAUUACGACUACGGCGGGUACGGAGGGUACGAGGGCGGCUACGGCGCGCGCGCGGCUCCACGCGGGAAAGAAACAGAAGGCAGACAAGCGGAGGGCCGAUCUGAUGCAGGCUACCAAGGCGGCAAGCAGCGCGGGGGCGGCGGCGGUCGCGCCAACCAGAGGCACCAGCCCUACUAGACACAAACCAGUACCUGCCGAUAGUCAUCUCAGUCCAAUAGUAAGAUUAAGUGAUCGGUCGUGCGCGUCCCCCGCGCCGCAGCCGCCGCCGCCGCCGCCGCCGCCGCCGCCGCCGCCGCCGCCGCGCCGGGGACGCGACAUUCCAUUCCACAUAAUUAAUAUUUAAGAAAUCUUUUUAAGAAAAUUUUUAAGGAUAAAAAGUACGUCGCGUAUGUGACGUGACCGCAUCCGGAGCGGUCGUUGCAUUAAAUUAAUAUAAUAUAGUAUGGAUUAAUAGAUUAACUUGAGUAUUAUUGCUGAUUAGAUUCAAUUUUGACAUUAUAGUAUCGAAAUCUUACCUUUUGAACUGAUUCUUAGAGUAAUAAUUAUACAGAGCUUAAAGUUAGAGAGUAACGGUCUCCGACGGCGCGCCGGGUCCGUGUGUGCAAGCGUGCGUGCGUGUGUGUGUGCGUGCGUGUGAGCAGCCGCCCUCCACUCAGCGAUGAUUGUUCUGGAUCUCAUUGCAGAAAAUGUUGUAGAUUUUUUGUAAUUUUUAAUUUUGGUAAUCGAACAAGAAAAUAGAAUCAUGUAUUUUAUACAAACUAGUUGUUUCUUCCGAUGAAUAGGGAUGAAAUUAGCGUAAGUGAUCGGACAUGAACAAACCUUCAGGAGAUAUACGAGUUGUGUAUGUCUAAAUAAAACAAAUAUGUAAAUAAAAUGUUGACUUUUUGUCUGUCUUAAUUGAUUUCAAUACUACAGAAGUAGGCGUACUUAUUUAUUAUUAAGUACUGAACCUUUUUCUACAUUUCUCAUUUUCUGUGUUUAGUCUAUAUUCCAAUUAAAGAAGAUAAAACCUUGUAAUAAUCUGAAAUAUAGGAUAAAUUGUUUUGUUCGGUGAUUAUUGUCUAGAAAAAAAUCUAAUAUAAAUUGUAAUUGUUGUAGGUAUUUGUAUGACUUCUUUUGAAACUUCAUAGAUCAUAGUUAAUAUGCCUAAGUUAACAUAGAAUUACAAAUAUCAAUAAAUGUGGAUACAACUGUCUUGUGCAA